CCUGGGUUUAAAAAAAGAAAAAAGAGAACUUUUCCUUCCAGGAAGCUUAAUUGACACCGGCAAAAAGGACGCCAUUCAACUUUUUUUCGUAUGUAUUCUUUAUACAUAAAUCAAUGUAAUAGAACCCUCGCAAAUAAUAUCGUUACUCCUCAGGGUACUUGCCCACUGUGUGAAGCGACACUGCUUAUUAGAUCUUUUUUCUAUGUGGCCAUGAAUAUCCGUGGUUACACGAAUUACGCUGAUUGGCCCGGUAUCGACGCAGGGCCACCACCACACACAUCCAGCCCGAAUUUCCCAGCGGCUUAUGCGGUCUAACGAUUAGAUUUGUAUUCAUCAACGACAUCCAAGAAAU